GUCAUACAAGGUCAUGGGAGAAGGGUCAUCCUGGAUUACGAACACAGUGUUAUACUGAAGGUUCACCAAAUGGAAGAACUGGUCCAUUUGAUCCUACAAAUACGACCACAAUGGAAUUUCUGAAAUCGUUUUUCAAUGAAACCACUUCAAGAUUUCCAGAGAGAUUUAUUCACUUGGGUGGUGAUGAUGUAUCGUUUGAAUGUUG